AUGUCACUUCAACCUCCACCUAAGAGAACAGGAGGAGCUACUUCAUCAUCAGCUUCUUCACGACCCGCUACACCCGAAAAUCCAGGAUGGAAAGAUAAGAUGAAGGCAAGAGGAUCAGUAUGGGGCAAAAUAGCAAUUGAUAAAAGUGUAAAGAUAUCUGAUAAUAUAGGUGGGAGAGUGAAUGAUAUAGCAGAAAAAAGAUUUGGUACAGAAGCGUUUUGGCCCGUCACGGGUGAUUUCCCAAAAGAAAUGGAUAAAUGUGCUAGGAUAUUGAGAUCUUUCACUGUUGACGGAAUUGUGACAGAAGAGAAAGAAAAAGUCGAUCCGUCGGCACCAAAUGAUGCCAAGAAGAAGAAGAAAGUCAAGGUGAUUCGUAAGAUUCCUCCAGCAAUGAUAGCGAGUGCGAAAGGUUUAGCAAUCUUCACUUCUAUGAGAACUGGAUUUGCGCCUUUCGGCGGAGCAGGUGGUGCUGGAGUCGUCGUUGCUAAGUUACCUGAUGGAACUUGGUCUGCUCCUGCUAGUAUUUCGCCCAAUAACUUGACUGCAGGAUUCCUUAUCGGUGUGGAUGUUUAUGAUUGCGUUUUGGUCAUUCGGACACAAGAAGCUCUCGAUUCAUUCAAGACACAUAAGGUCACCAUCGGAGCUGAAUUAGCAGUUGUUGCAGGACCGUACGGAGCAGGAGCAGCGGUAGAAGCUGGCUUGGAACGUGCUCCGUUAUUCAGUUACGUCAAAAGUAGAGGUGUCUAUGCCGGUGUAGAAGUUGUUGGACAAGUUUUUGUGGAACGAUUUGACGAAAAUGGAGCCAUGUAUCAUUGGCCCGGUGUCAAAGCGGGUGACAUUCUCGCUGGUAAGGUCAAAGUACCUCGAGAAGCUGCCGAAUUACAAUCCGCUCUUAAAGAUGCUGAAAGUGGACGUGCACAAGCUAUGAAGGGCAAUUCUCUCGAUAUCGUGGUUCAAGAAAGCAGUGAUUUAGAAUUGAACGAGGGUGAAACGAUCAAAUUACCUCCUACGCCUGAUCAAACCGAUGGAAGGGAAUAUGAAAGUGAUCCUGAAACAGAAAAAAUCCAUUAUCCAACACAAUUAGGUAGUCAUAAUCCAUCGCCAACGUCGACUCCUCCUCUCCAAUCACCCGUUGCUGUGCAUCCACAAGGGAAAGGAGGAAGAUUGAUUCCACCUCCGCUCCCUUCUAGAAAUCCUAAUCGACCUCCUUUGAAUCAAACACAUUCAUCGCAAUCCCACUAUUCAGAUGCAAUGGAAGGAGAAAGUACUGUCGACCCUCCUAUCGACCUCAAACACGCUCAUCCAUCUGCCGCCCCUCCUGGCGGACACUUGGACACUGCUGCUGAGAUUAUCGAUCUUACUUCCCCAACUGCUCAUCACUCGGCGUCCGUUCCGGGAUACGAGGAUGUUUCACUUCAAGGACUAGGGGAAAUCCCCCCAGCUUAUGCUGAAGGUCAUAUCGGCGCAUCAUCUCAAUCGGGCUACCCAGUGGAGAAGAAAAGUAACUCGAUAGGAGGUCUAGUACCUUCAGAUGCAUCAGGCCUAGAUGGUCUACCGAUGUCAGAGACUGAAAGAAGAGAAUGGGAAGAAUAUUUGGCUUCGGGAAGUGAACCAAGUGCAGGACCUACUGCGGAAGGUGAUAAUCUUGCCCAGCGAUUGGAUAGUCAACAUUUGUACGAAAAUGCAGAUGGGAAGGGGAAAGAGAGGGAAAACAGUUUGAAGAAUCCUUAUGAUAACUAA